UCAUCGCAGGGAAAGAUCGGGCAGAGCCGGAGAGACUAGAUCCAGCAGGUGCGCUUGGCAGGGCAUAUAACCUACAGAAGAACCUAAACUGCAAAUUGGUACAUCACUUCGUGUUGGUUAAAACAAUGAGCCAAUAUUCCUCAAAGUAAGCUCCAGAAAAGCAGAAACAGCAGCAGCAUUUCAUUAACGGAUAUUUAGUACCAAGGAAUAAAAUGAAGAAUAAUUUCUGGUGUAAAUUGUGUGUUUGUAUUUUGAUUUCAUUAAAGUUGGUUUCUUUAACAUUAAUGCUGUACUACAAAGGUGGUGCACAAAGUCAAGCUGUUAAAUACAGGUUACCCAACCACAUCAAAUGCCCCUCCAUCGGCUUCAAUUAUGGUAGAAAUGGUCACAAUCUCAUUAACAAUAAUAUAACUAUUUUCUUUGUGGAGACCUCCGACCAAACCAACCCAACUUUUUUGUCCAUGUGUUCUGUGGAAUCUGCAGCAAGAGCUCAUCCCAGAACCAAAAUUGUUCUUUUCAUGAAGGGUCUUUCAGCUAUGAAAAAUACACAAACCUUAGGGAUUUCCUUGUUGAACUGUUUUCCUAAUGUCGAGAUCAGGCCAUUAGAUUUGAAAGAACUUUUUGCAGAUACUCCAUUGUCUUUAUGGUAUACAAGACUGCACCAAUGGUUGCAACCCUAUCUAAUACCAGUUAUGUCUGAUGCCUGCAGACUUGUCCUCAUGUGGAAAUUUGGUGGGAUUUACUUAGACACUGACAUUAUUGUUCUUAAAAACUUACUAAAUCUCACCAACAGCAUUGGCAGAGAACAACAAUAUUUACUGAAUACAGCCUUUUUGGCUUUUGAUCAGCGCCAUGACUUCAUUGGGCAGUGUUUGAUGGACUUUGUUGAGCAUUACAAUGGAUGGAUCUGGGGCCACCAGGGGCCUCAGUUAGCAACUCGUGUUUUUAAAAAGUGGUGUCAAAAGAAGAGCAUAACCAAGAUUCAACAGUGCAAAGGAGUGAGGAUGUUACCUCCUGAGGCUUUCUAUCCAAUUCAUUGGCAGGACUGGAAAAAAUACUUUGAGGUGAUGAGUAAACCUGAGGCUCAGAAGUUACUGAAGAAUUCUUAUGCUGUGCAUAUAUGGAACAAAAUGAGUAGUGGAACCAGAUUUCAAACAGGAUCUAAAGUGAUGAUUGACCAGCUCAGCUCAGUCUACUGUCCAGUCUCAUACAAAAUAAUGAGCUGGCAAGAACAUGUAUAACACUGACAAUAAAGCAAUAAUAGUGAGCUUUAAAGGUACCAAUAUUCAAAUCAGAUUGAAAUUAAACCAUGCAUUUUAAAGUUGUAUUGACUAUAUAUUUAUCAAUACUACAGAGACACUGGCUGUUAAUCUUGUAUAUAAAACUGUGGUACUAAUAAAUGUUGUAAUUUUGCAGAGCCAAA